GGAGAACCCAAACAAAUACACCUAACCCAAUUGAUUGUAGUAGUUGCACGCGUCCGAUUGGUUGUCUAUACACUCCGCAAUUCCAGCCAUCGGAUUUUCCGAGGAAAUAUACACACACACACCAUAUCCACCCACGCUCCCGCAUAUAGAUAGCUUCAAGCCUUCACCCAAUAAUUGUAGUUUUACUUGGGCCUCUGUGAAUCAAUAAGCGACAUGGCGACUACCACUGCUUUGAAUCUCAGCGCCUCAAUCGGUCAAAAUCGUUCUCUUGGUCAACGCACUGGUUCAUCACUGCUCCGCCCUGCUCGCCGUGUCUCCGUCGUCUGUGCUGCCGGAUCUUACGCUGACGAGCUCGUCAAAACAGCUAAAUCUAUUGCAUCUCCUGGUAGGGGAAUCCUUGCCAUUGACGAGUCAAAUGCUACAUGUGGAAAGAGGCUGGCAUCUAUCGGUUUGGAGAACACAGAGCCCAACCGACAAGCUUACAGACAGCUUUUGCUGACUACCCCAGGCCUUGGUGAGUACAUUUCAGGCUCUAUCCUUUUUGAAGAGACACUUUACCAAUCUACCAGAGACGGGAAGAAGUUUGUGGAAUGCUUGCGAGAUGAGAAGAUAGUUCCUGGGAUCAAGGUUGAUAAGGGUUUGACGCCUCUCCCGGGAUCAAACAAUGAAUCUUGGUGCCAAGGCUUAGAUGGCUUAGCUUCUAGAUCUGCCGAGUACUAUAAGCAAGGUGCUCGUUUUGCAAAGUGGAGAACUGUUGUGAGUAUACCCUGUGGUCCUUCUGCUUUGGCUGUCAAAGAAGCUGCAUGGGGUCUUGCCCGCUAUGCUGCUAUAUCUCAGGACAAUGGUCUUGUACCAAUAGUGGAGCCUGAGAUUCUCCUUGACGGGGACCAUUCCAUUGAAAAAACUCUUGAAGUUGCAGAACGGGUAUGGGCAGAGGUUUUCUACUAUCUGGCGGAAAACAAUGUUUUGCUAGAGGGAAUUCUGCUUAAACCUAGCAUGGUUACUCCAGGGGCUGAACACAAAGAGAAGGCUUCUCCAGAUACUAUUGCCAAGUACACUCUCACUAUGCUUAAAAGGAGAGUCCCUCCCGCUGUUCCUGGAAUCAUGUUCUUGUCAGGAGGACAAUCUGAAGUGGAAGCAACACUGAACCUCAAUGCGAUGAAUCAAACCCCAAACCCAUGGCAUGUUUCCUUCUCAUACGCACGUGCACUGCAAAACUCUGUCCUGAAGACAUGGCAAGGACGCCCUGAGAAUGCGGAAGCUGCCCAGAAAGCACUGUUGGUUCGCGCAAAAGCAAACUCCCUGGCCCAGCUCGGCAAGUACUCGGCUGAAGGUGAAACUGAGGACUCUAAGAAAGGAAUGUUUGUCAAGGGUUACACCUACUAAGUGCAUGACAACUCCUUAUGCUUAUCAUGUUGGCUGCUCUAUAAACCAUACUCUUCAUUGUUUUCGGUCUCCCUACAUUUUUUUUCUGAAUAAUAAGUCUGUCGUCGCGAGGUUAAGAUUGCUCAACUCUUUAACUAUGCAUUGGAUAAUUUGUAUUAUUUUAUACAGAGUAUGAAGUGUUUUUUUGGACUCGUAUGCUAUGCAAUGUUCAAAAAAGCGCUACGGCGUCUCCUAGACGGUAAGCUAGGGCCUAGUCUAGGUGUGCUUAGGUGGGGAUUAAUUGAGGCCUAGGCGGUCUUAAACAGGGAGAGAAUGAAGACAAUUAUUUGAU